AUGAUCGUCCCCACCCGGUUCGGCCUCAAGUAUGCGCCGAUCCCGACACUAGCGCUCGAAUAUGAAGACGAUCUGAAAGGUGUUGUGGAUGCAACCGGCGAGAACUCCACGUCUUUGUAUGUGUAUCGAGAUGGCAACGGAACUUCUCUUCCUGCCAGAAAGUUGCACGUUGUUGAGCUCCCGAUGCUCACCAAAACAUCCGAAACGGAGCAGAUCACACGUCAAUUGCAGCAAGACAACGGUCGGUUCUUAGCUCCCGGAGUUGUGAGUGAGACGCAACUGAAGCGGCUUCUAGACCGACUCGUACAGAAUCUACCGGAUCCGACACAAAUGGAGGAGAGUGAGGAUGAAGCUGAAGAAGACGCCAAGAAGAAGAGAGCGUUGCAAAGUGAGUCGGAUAUCAGUGAAGAAGAAGUGCAGUCGGAAGAAUUAGAGUAUUUCUCAGAAGAUGGAAGUGACGAAGACUCGUUUUAA